GGACCCCAACCAUCCCGUGCCGCAGGACACCAAGUUCAUCCACACCAAGCCCAACCGCUUCGAGGAGGUGGUGUGGACCAAGUUCAGCACCAAGGACAAGCAGUACCUGCACAUUGGUUUGAAACCCCGCGUCCGGGACAACUACCGGGCCAACAAGGUAGCCUUCUGGUUGGAACUGGUUCCACACCUCCACAAUCUCCAUGAGCCCCCUUACACCUCCACCACCACCCGGGUGGCCCCGUACGCCACCCGUUGGCCCGGCACCCGGCUGGGCCCCAGCACGACGCGCCAGCCCAUCGUCACCUUUCCACCAGACGACGAUGACGGAGGUCGCCCGCCCCGCUACGUGCCCUUCCCGGGGGACACGCGGGACUACUCCACCGAGCUGAGCGUGACGGUGGCGGUGGGCGCCUCCUUGCUCUUCCUCAACAUCCUGGCCUUCGCUGCCCUCUACUACAAGCGGGACAAGCGGCACGAGCUGCGGAGCGGGCGGCGUCUCAGCCCGCAGCGCAGCGCUGCCAACGACUUGGUGCAUGGCGGCCAGGAGGAAGAGAUCAUGUCGCUGCAGAUCAAACACUUGGAGCAUGACGCGCACGACCUCGAGCCCUUGCGAGCGCAUGAAAUCCUACGCCCCGCCUGCCCUCCCGACUACACCCUGGCCCUGCGCCGGGCGCCCGAUGACGUGCCCCUGAUGACGCCCAACACCAUCACCAUGAUUCCCAGCACCAUCAGCAGUAUGCAGGCCUUGCACCCGUUCAACACUUUCCCCACCGGACACAACAACACCCUCCCGCACCCUCACUCCACCACCCGUGUAUAG